AUGCUAUCCAAACUCCCCCUCAUCACAGCCUCAGACAGGCUCUACUUCGCCUACGGCAGCAACCUCAGCCCGGAGCAGAUGGCCCACCGCUGCCCGGACAGCAUCUUCCUGGGCAAGGCCACCCUCCCCGAGCACAGGUGGCAGGUCAACGAGCGCGGCGUGGCCAACGUCGUGCGGGUGCCGAGGCGUUCAGCGCAGGAGGACAGGGAAGGGAGAAGAAGAGGGCGCGACGGCAACGGCGAUGACGACGACGCGGCCGUCGUUGAGGGCCUCAUAUACGCCAUCAGCGCGGAGGACGAGCGCCAGCUCGACCUGUACGAGGGCGUCGCCAAGGGCCGGUACGAGAGGCAGAACCUGUGGGUCGACUUCGAGCCCGUGCGCGGGAACGUCUUCGCGCGGUGCACCUCGGCAAGCGUGGCUAAGGCCGUGAGAGAGGAGCGCGAGGAGGAGGGAGGGAUCAAGAGGGAGGAGAGGCGGGCGCGGUCCUGGGGCGAGGGCGAGGGGGACCAGCAGCGCCGGCGCCGGGACAGUCGUCAUCACCAGGAUCGUAGCCGGCGGCGGGCGGCCAGCGUGGGCCACCCGCCCACGUCCUCUUCCUCGGCGGCGGUGGGCAGCGGCGGGUGGAGGAGCUCGAUCCUGGGGCUCCUCGGCAUCCCCGGCAGGACGAGGCGGGCCCCGUCGCCGUCGCCCGCCCGGGACCGCGAGAGGGCGGUAGGGGUCAAGCCUGUGUGGGCCCUGGUGUACGCCAGCACCGUCCACGUGCGCGAUGGCGAUAUCAGGGCGAGGUACGUGCCGCGCAUGGAGAGAGCGAUGGCAGACGCGGCGGCCCUGGGUGUAUCGAGGAGUUUCAUCGAGAAGCAGAUGCUCCCGCAGGUCCGGCCGGCUUGGAGGGCGUCGCGGCGGAUGUCGCUGGCGGGAGGCGAGGACGGCCCGGAAAAGGAGAGGGAGAAGGGCCGGCGGGAUGGGGAGAGCGGGAGGAGGAGGAGCGUGUAUCAGUGA